AUGAGCUUGAUGAUGAGGCCGGUGCUGCACCUGAUGGUCGGGCUGGUGCUCUACGGCGUCGCCGAGGAGAUGACCGUGCCGGCGCUCGUCGACAAGGUCACCUCCGCGCUCUGCCCCGCCGACGACAGGUCUUGCCCGGAGGCUCUCUACCUCACCGGCCUGCAGUCCUCGGUUCUUGUUCAUUGA